CACUAGCAAUGCAGACGUUGUCCAGGUGUUUAACUGACUGGGCUGAGUCUCAGCUUGCAGAGAUAGAGCUGCUGACCAGCAUGUUUCCCACCCAGGACGAGCUGCAGAUCACAGACCAGCUGGCACUCGCUGAGCUCAGGGACUAUGUGGAGGGCUCAGCUUCAGCAGACAGCUCCCCUUCUUCCAGACCUCAGUUUUUCAUCAAACAGAAGUUUGACACUGCAAGCAUGGAGAGGACGGAUGUCGUUCUAUCCUGUGCUUAUCCAUCCGCAUAUCCCAGUGUGUUACCAGAGAUAACAGUCCGGUGUGCCGGUCUCAGCAGGGCCCAGCAAACACAGCUCCACACAGAUCUUAAUGCAUACCUCAUGGAAAACUGCCAGGGGGAAGUGUGUGUGCUCUCCGCUGUAGACUGGGUGAAAGACAACCUGCAGCUUUUCAUUAAUAAGAGCUUAUCAGCAUCAACGGCUUCCAAGAAGGAGUCUUCCUCUCCACGGCCACAGGAAGUGUUCAGCCGAAUUUGGAUUUACAGUCACCACAUCUACAACAAGACGAAAAGGAAGAACAUCUUGGAGUGGUCCAAGGAGCUGGGCCUGUCUGGAUUUAGCAUGCCUGGGAAGCCUGGUAUUGUGUGUGUGGAAGGUCCUCAUUCUGCCUGCGAGGAGUUCUGGUCCAGAGUGAAGGUUCUGACAUGGAAGAAGAUCAUGAUUCGACAUAGAGAGGAUAUUCCUCUUGAUCGUCAGGGCGAGGACAGCGGGGCUAUUGAAAGUAUAGACUCCCUGCGCAAAUUCACUGGCUUUGAAGAGGCCAUGUUUGACCCCCAUGGGAACAGAGGUAAUCACAUGGACCUUGGGCAGCUCUACCAGUUUUUGAAUGAGAGAGGCUGCUGUGACGUCUUUCAGAUAUAUUUUGGCAUUGAAGGAAAGUAGUGUUUAGAUCUGCGUAGAAUAUAAAUACAUACAGGUGCCUUGUCAUUGAAGUCACUUCUAAAGUGUUUACUUAACAAUGUAUUCCUUAAUUGCUGUUUUAGUUUGUUUCUUUUAUUUUCACAUACAUUAAAAAGAUUGUAAGCUUGCCUGAAAAACUGAAAUAACCGAAUAAGCUUUUCAUAGAAGUUGCUCAGCUGUUACACCUGAGACUUCAUUGGGAUAAAAGGCAAAAAUAAUAGUUUGGCAAUUUCUAGAAACUUAAACUUAUUUUUUCAAAGAGAAGCAUUAAAAAAAAGAUGUUUAUCUGAGAGGUUUCUUGAGGACCUCAGUUAAUAUUUUAAUACUCCUUCAAGAUCAAACCUUGCCCAUGGUGUUUCUUUCCUCAAAUGACACCAGGUUGUAUACUACAAGGUUAUUAUAGGAUUUUCAGGUCUGAUACCACAUUAAUAAUUGGACAACUUAGUCAACACUAUGCUAGAUAUCUGUUUAUGAAAUCUGUUGUUUUUUCCUCUCAUGAAUUAUAGAUAACAUAACCGUGGAAAGUCUUUCUCCAAUUUUCUUUGAACGAUUUGUUCUUAGAUAAAUUGUGCAUAAUUGUGGAUUACACUUUGGUAAUUAAAAUGUGUUGUUAUUGAAGAUGAAUCUAAUGUUCAACACACUGAGAUGAAAAUGUCCAAAAAGAGAUUUGCAUGUGCAUUAUUACACUAUGUACUGUACAUUCUAAUGAUGUAUAAAUGCUGAUUCUGAACCUGGGGGAGCAUUUAGGAAUUCAGACUUUGUUACAAAUAAACUGGGGAAACAAAUUAAAAUCUGCACAUUGUACAGAGCUAGUAGUAGUAAUUAAUAGGCAGUAGUUGCAGGCAUAGCGUUGAAUUUAUUUGCAAAAUUGCUUAGGCUACAAUGCCCAACAGGUGGCAGCAUUAUAUAACCAGAGUUG